CGGUGUCAGGUGAAUGCGGCCAGUGAGCGUCACAGCACGUUUGUUAGUAAAAGAAAUCAACUUUUGAGUGUAUUGGACAGAUUUCUGUAACAUCCCCUCCUGUUUAAAAGCGAGACCCUCAGCUUCUCCAGAAUGUUCUCUUUUUGGAAAGUAUCUUGUAGGUAGCACUUAAUCACAUUGGGCUGUGACGUGGAGAUGGUCGCUCUGACUGCCUUGCUGACAGUAUACAUAUGGAUACAAACACAGUUAGCCUCAGGACAGCAUACAUGUCCCUCUACGCCUCGCAUACCAUUGGAUUUCAAUGUAGAAUAUGUCCUCCCCUACUUCCAAACAGACAAAAGGAUACAGAACAUUGCACUGAACUGGGAUUCAAAUCCAGUUGAGGUGUAUGUUGGAUACCAGAAUGCAAUAGUGGCAGUUAAUGAUUCUAUGAAAAAAGUAUGGGAGCUGAAAACUGGACCUUUGGGCAGUCCUGACUGUCAAACCUGUCAGGCAUGUGACAUAGAAAAUGAUCCUGAGGAUCCAGUGGACACAGACAAUGAGGUUCUGGUUUUGGAUCCAUCUGGAUAUGAAUUGCCAUACUUGUACAUUUGUGGAAGUACACAGCAUGGGAUGUGUUACUUUAUUGACACUAGCUAUGGACAGCCAGAGCCUAAAUGUUUAUACAGAAAAGAGAGAAACUCUCCAAUCCAGUGUCCCGACUGUCUGGCCAGCCCCCUUGGCACCAAAGUCACCAUCGUUGAACAGGGAAGGACGUCCUUGUUCUUUGUGGCCGCUUCUAUCAAUGAGAAAGUGGCUCAGAGCUAUCCAAGAAGGUCAUUAUCGGUGAUGAGGCCACUUGCGACUGAAGAUGGCUUUCAUAUGGUCAUGGACGGCCUGACAGUGCUUCCCAAUCUACGUGGCUCCUAUAGCAUCGACUACAUAUACAGUUUUUCCACCAAGGAUUAUGUGUAUUUUCUGUCCCUGCAGAGGGAAAACCCCUUUAGGAACAAUUCAGCCUUUCAGACCCGUCUGGGACGACUGCCCAUCUUAACAACAGAAGUGUGGAAGUACAGAGAAGUGGUGCUGGAGUGCCGGUACACACCAAAGCGGAGAAGAAAACGGAGAGAAGCUUUAAGGAAUAUUGUGUACAACGGGCUGCAGGCAGCACAUUUUGGGAGAGUAGGGAAGGACCUGGCCAAAGAGCUGUGGGUGGACGAGAAAGAAGACAUUCUGUAUGGGGUGUUCGCAGAGGUCAAUGUAAAUGGUAAACCUCUAAAAAACUCAGCUUUUUGUGCCUUCAGUUUGAGUCACAUCAACCAGGCGAUUAAGAAGGGUGUGGAGGACUGCUGCAAGUUAGCUUCCGAGCAGUUGUCCAGAGGCCUCUGCCACUACCAGCCAUGUGAGAGCUGCCUGCAUGAGAGCUCUGAGGACAUUGACAUAUGCCAGCAAAAGCCCACCCUGGUGUCAAAACCACACUACAAAGUGGACCUCUUUAACGGCCAGAUGAGAGGUGUCUUGUUCACCUCUGUCUUGGUCACCACUAAUGGAAAUCAUACACUUGGCCAUUUUGGUACUUCAGAUGGACGGAUGCUGCAGGUGAUUCUCACAGUGCAAACACCUAUUUUUUUUGCCAACUAUUCAUUGGGAGAAGUUGGAGUGUCCAGAACAUCAGUUGUGUAUUCAGAGGAUUUACUUCUCUUUGUGGCUGGAAAUAAGAUGUUCAGGGUACCCUCUACAGGACCAGGGUGUGCGCAUUUCUUGACAUGCCCUGCAUGUUUGACGGCUCCACACUUUAUGAACUGUGGCUGGUGUUCAGGGCACUGCUCCAGGAAGCAUGAGUGUACUUCACAGUGGAACAAAGACUCUUGUGCACCCAUUAUAACCGAGUUUUUCCCUAAAACGGUACCCGCUGGUGGGGAGACAGAGGUGACGCUGUGCGGAUCAGAGUUUCAAUCUCCUCUCCAACCGGCCAUCAUCAAUGGCAAAACUCACAUCAUCACAGUAGGCUCUGGGACCUUGUGUACAGUUCUGCCUAAGAAGAGCGAUAGUAGUAGGCUGGUGUGCAAAAUUCACGAAAAGAUAGUAAACCAGAACCUCAGUAUAACUUUGAAAGUACACGAAGGAAAAGUGGAGGGCCGAUAUUCAAUUGAAGGCUCAGCUCAGAUGUCUGGCUUCUCUUUUGUGGAACCCUGCAUAACGGAGAUAAAACCUGACUUUGGCCCCAUGUUUGGAGGAACAACAGUUACAAUAACAGGCAAUUAUUUUAAUUCUGGGAUAAAAAGAGAAGUUUUUUUUGCAGACAAAAAGUGUGUGAUCCAAAGUGUUUCUGAAGGAACAGGAAUUUUCUCUUCAAUCGUCUGCCAGACAGCCGCUGCAGAAAGUUUUGGAGAAGUAUCUGUGAACGUUCUUAUUGAUGGCCUUCAAGUGUCCUCUCCUAAGAAGUUCUUCUACAAGGAAAAUCCUGUAAUAACCUCAGUGUACCCCCUCUGCAGUUUCCAAAGAGGGUCCAUGCUCGUGAUAGAGGGUCACAAUCUUGACUCAGCCCAUAAAACAGUGGUUCAGUUCACACUCAAAGAUUCCCGCAUGCCACCUCUUCAACAAAUUUGCGAUGGCACACGAAAUAGUACACAUAUGCAGUGUUGGGCCCCUGCAUUUCCAAAGGAAAUGCCUGAGGAAAAGUUUGGGGAGUAUGUUGGAGAGAUUACUUUUCACAUGGAUGGAAAAAGUGGCCUCCUGAAAAAGCGUUUUAACUACCACCGAGAUGGCGAUGUCAUCCCUUUUGAACAUGAUGACAAAGUUUUACUUUUAAAACCAGGAGAUACUGAGGUUUCACUGCAUCAUAACAAUCUGAAUCCAGUGAGCUCAUGUAUGAACAUCACUAUGAGCAUCGGGAAUGAGUUUUGCCAUGCUAAGGUUUUGGCAAAUGAACUGACCUGCCGGAUUUCUAAAAGCCUGGUUAUCCCUAGCAAGGGAUUACCUGUCAGGGUGUCUGUGAAUGGAGAAGUUUAUGAUGUGGGCACAGUAGUCGUAGACAACAGCAACAAUUCCUCUGUGAUUGCGGGUAUUGUUCUGGGAGUCAUUGCUGCGCUGGUUGUAGGUGCUGGCCUCGCAUUAAUUGUGAUGAUUCAUUUGAGAAAGAAAAAGACAACCAACGUAGAGAUGCGUUUAUCAACAACGUUUUCCCGUAGCCGCAUAGGCAGCAAUCUUCAGCCUCCGGCAGGUGACUACAGACAAGAUCUGUCUAGUCAAACAUCUGGUUCAGGAGGAAUGGCCUUCCAAGGUUUAUUGUACUCUGCCAGCUAUGAUCAUCUAGCUGUUCCUCUAAUGUCACAUGACAGUAUCUCGAUGGUUAGCUUGAGUUCUGAUCUGCUUGAAGAGGUCAAAGAUGUACUAAUUCCUGAAGAGAUGCUCAGAUAUGAGGAAAGCCAGAUUAUUGGAAAAGGCCACUUUGGGAAAGUUUAUCAUGGAUACCUCAUGGAUAGUAAUAAGCAAGAGACCCACUGUGCUGUUAAAUCAUUGAACAGAAUCACAGAUUUAAGUGAAGUGGACCAGUUCCUCAGAGAAGGCAUCAUCAUGAAAGGCUUCCACCACCCCAACAUACUUUCUUUACUAGGCAUCAUGCUACCCAAAGAAGGGCUCCCUCUGGUGGUUCUGCCGUAUAUGCAGCAUGGAGACAUGCGUCAUUUCAUCCGCUCUGAGCACAGGAACCCAACUGUGAAAGACCUGAUUGGAUUUGGGCUUCAGGUUGCCAAGGGUAUGGAGUACUUAGCCCAGAAGAAGUUUGUUCACAGAGACCUGGCUGCACGCAACUGCAUGUUGGAUGAAACCUUCACGGUAAAGGUGGCUGAUUUCGGCAUGGCUAGAGACGUCUAUGACAAAGAGUACUACAGCGUUCAAAAUCGCAAAAGGGCAAAGCUUCCAGUGAAGUGGAUGGCCAUUGAAAGCCUGCAAACACAGAAGUUCACAACCAAGUCUGAUGUGUGGUCAUAUGGCAUCUUAUUGUGGGAGCUGUUAACCAGAGGUGCAAACCCAUAUCCAGAUGUGGACCCCUAUGACAUCACUUACUUUUUGUUAAAGGGACGUCGACUUCCCCAGCCACAGUACUGCCCAGAUACUCUCUAUUCAGUCAUGCUGGCAUGUUGGAACCCGGAGCCUGAGUGCAGACCCAACUUCCACAACUUGGUUGCUGAAGUAGACCACAUUCUGUCAUGUCUGGAAGGAGAGCACUAUAUUAAUCUGAAGGUUACCUACGUCAACUUAGACCAGCCAAGGCCUUAUCCCUGUAUGACUGUACCUGCAGAUGAAGCUGAGUCCUCAGACUUGGACUCUGACAGUUAGUUGUUAGCUGAGGCUGCAACUGAGCAAGACUCUCCGACAGGGUCACAGAAUCCAGAUUAAACCUGGAAAGUAUACAGAACACAUGCAGCUUUCCCCGUCAGUUAAAGUGUUGAUUAUAGUUACAAGCCUGAGAAAAUGGGACACUUGACUGCUGAUUUAAACGUGGUGUAGAUUAUAUAAGCCCUUACUGGAGGCAAAAUUAUGCUGGAAGUUUCUCAUCCUUGUUCCUUGCAAAAUGGAAAUGUCAAGUAGAUGUUUUGCUAAAGCACAAGUAUGAAUAUGACAAAUGAAUGUAACAGACUUGCUCUCAGAUUUGUAAAAUAAUAUGUGGCGGUGGCCACACGUCUGUGGACUAACUGAUAAACUGACUGUCUCCGGCCAUUAAUUGGAACUCUGUGGUCAAAAAUGAGUUUUUUUUUGUCUCUCCUUUUUAGGAGAGACUGCAUCUAAAUCAUUUAAGAUGCAGCUGUUAAAAUAUGGGCUUCAGAAUUUUUACUUAAUACAAGGAUGCAGUAUAACAAAAUCUGCACCUUUUGUAUUAUGCAGUUCUCUGAACAGUUUAGAAAUAUGUAGAACCAGUGAUUAGCACUAGAGGGCACCCAUGGUCUCAUUCUAAGGGCGCUAGACUCACUACUGCAGUGAUGCUCUGCGGUACAGCCGGUCUCCAGCAGACACAUCCAAAUAAAGGUAUUGCACAAACAGUACAACUAUAUUUAUCAUAACCUCAAACACAUUGCCCCCCCCUUGAGCAAAUGCAACAAAAUUUGGUCUUUUAAUUGAAUCAACACAACAUACAGUAUAGCAGUGGUUCCCACCCAUUUCCCUUCAGGACCCCCUUCAUGUAUCUACCAAAAAGCUGUGGACCCCCUCUAUGCUUGAUUUUAUGCUUUCACUAGCUCGCUUCUCUCCAUAAAUGAUGCAUUCUGGCUGAGACCUGUCAAACCUGGCAGGGACCCCUGGUUGGGCACAUAUUUUGCAAAGAUUGUUUUUAAAUAAAAUUUUAAAAAGUCUCCACACUACAGCUGACAAUCGAAAGAAAUUUAUAAUGUAAGCACUGAUUUUUUUUUAAUUUUUUUAUACAACUUUCAUACUGUUGCAGGAUAAUUUAACCAAAACAAGUUUUUUUUUUUAAAUAAAAAGCAGUAACUGAUUUGUGUUGACAUACUUGAUUAAUGUCAUUGUGUGUUUUUUUUUAAUACAAACUUGAUUUUAUUUCUUUUCAGUAGGUUGCACUGAGUGUUUAUAAAUAAAUAUGUGAUCAAUUUGAAUGUAUUCUUCAAUGUGUACGAAAAGAGUGUUUCUGUCUUAGUCUUAUUCUGAAUAAAUAUUUAUAUGAAACUU